ACGAACAAUGGUGGCCGUAAAGUUGCUAUUGUGAUUGACGAAUCAGGCUCGAUGGAGAGUUCAGAUCCCUAUGACUUGAGAAUUCAAGCUGGCAGAUCAGUCAACGACUGGCUCAUUUCGUCCAAGGAGGCUGGAGGUGGGAAGCAGGCAGACUUGGUUACCGUGAUUGGCUUCGACGAUGUUACGCGCCUGUUAUACCCUCUAGGAGACCCUGCUGGUGCGGACAAGGUGUUUUCUCAAAUUACUACUCGAGGUGGAACUUAUAUUGCUGGAGGCGUCGACGAUGCUAUGACCGAGAUAACCAAAUCUGGACACGAUCCCACUUCCAACCGAUCAGCAAUUGUCGUGUUGACUGAUGGCGCGGAUUCAUCCACCACAACGCUUGUGAAGUCCAUCAACAAGGCCAGCCAGCAAGGCAUCCGCGUCUCAUUUGGUUUCCUAACGGGCCUCUACUCCAGCUUUUCCUACCAAGAUCAGAAUGUGCUAGCUGCUAUUCUUGGGACGGGCGGCAUGUACGCAACAAUUGACGGGGCGACCGCCCAAAAUGCUUUUGUCAAUCUCAUGAUCGUCCAUGGCUUGACUGGCAACGACAACUCAAACUCGAUCAGCUCCACUACGAUUUAUAACGGAUUGUCCGUUGCUUUUCCUCUAGACACCUCUGGAACCAAUACCUUGACCUAUACAGCAGAGGCCAAUGAAAAGCUGACCUUUUCCAUUACUAGCGUCGCCGCUGGCGAGCUUACAGUUACCGCGAAAGAUCCUGGCGGGAAAGAGCUGGGUAAGAGCACUGUAUCGGCAUAUUCUUCUCUCCCAGUAGACCUCAAGGUAACUGCAUCCACUGCGGGGCCCUUGCAGCUAAAGGUG